AUGGGCGCCCUGGCGCUAGGGUACGCCAAGCCUACUCUCUUCGUCCUGGCCAUGGGCGAGACCACGCCUCCGGUUCCCGGCUACCACCAUCCACCGCGCGUGACAAAUGCCAGCAGUCAAGCCGUCAUGAACCAAUCCCGCAUGUCUCCUUCCGCCGUCGACACAGAGCCCCGUGGCCAUGGAGCCUUUGAAGACCUGUCUCCUCCCUACGAGGACUGGGAACCCGACCACCAAGGGCACCACCAAGGGCACCACCACGGGCACCACCACGGGCACCACCACCACCAACCUGUCCGCCAUCACUACACUACCCAUGGCUUUGCCGUCGGCCCGGAUCAGCGAGGCCCUCGACUCUUGCCUCCCCCCGACGGCCUCCAUCGACUGAGAGCAAACACCCCGUCCUAUGCCUCCCGCCCGCCCUUGCACCCACUGCCUCCCUCCUUCACCGGCGCCGCCCGCGGCGUACCCGUCGACUCGCCGCACGAUCCAACCGCAGCUCGGCCACCACAAGCACCGCACUUGCUACAUCCCCAGGUAUCGCCGUUGCACGCACCGCGCCGCCAGAACUUACCGCCUCCCGGCCUUCCUCCAACCCCGACGCCAAGGCCGCCACCCACCCGGACUCGACAGGCGGCGGACGGGACGCCCAUGCCCGGGAUGCCGAAUCUCUUGGGAGCUGGCCGAGCGCAAGCUUUGAGCGACAUCAGGUUUCGACUAAGCCUGCGCCAGCAACCGAAAGCGGCGCGAGCCUGCGGGUUCGGCGACAGGGACAGGCGGGUAAUUGACCCGCCUCCCAUUGUCCAGCUGCUUAUCGAGAGCUCAAGCAUGACGGAGGACGAGGCCCACUCGUACUUGCGCUACGAGAGCUACGUCAUGAACUGCGCCAUCUGCGACGAGUCGGGCACUCGUGAUGCUUCCCUCAUGCCCGACGAGUAUCAGCACCAACGCCGCCUGAUGGGCUCGCUUGUCGGGACCCCGUUUGUCGGACAGGACGAGAAGGGUGUGGAGGGUUGCUUCUUCUGCUUUGGGGACCUCUCGUGCCGCACGCCAGGUUCCUUCCGCCUCAAGUUCACUCUCAUCAUGAUCGACCCGGCGCGUGCCGGCAUGAUUAGGCACUUCCCCAUCCUGACGGAGACGCUGAGCGACGUCUUCCACGUCUACAGCGCCAAGGAGUUUCCGGGAAUGCUUCCCAGCAGCAAUCUAGCCAAGCGGCUGAAGGAGCAAGGAUGUAUCAUCUCGAUCAAGAAAGGCAAUGAAAGAUCAAGGAAUCCACGGGCCCAAGAGGCCUUGUCUGACAGGGACGAGGAGGAUGGGGAGGGCUCGCGGGCGCAUCGGAGACGGCGCAUGGCUCGGGACUAG